AUGGAGCCGACGUCGAGACGCCGGGCGUACCCCGGAAGCGUCAUCCGACGACGCCAGCGGUCUCCCCGAGCGACCCAUUGGGUACACGACCAACGAGCAAGGACAGGGAGAGCUAACGAUGGACCUUUAGCAGCGGCGCUACAUCUCGGGAAGCGCCACAACCACGAGAAGUCGCCGGAUCCAUCGGCGCUAAGCUCGACCCAGCGAGCGUGGUCGACAGGGGCGGACGCUGUAUCUCGGAAUCUCCUUGACGUACUCGACGAAGAGGGAGACACGACGCUGAUCGUGUACCAGCCGUCGUGCUUGGACCAUCACACGGGGCAUCACCAAGAGAACCGGCAGCGCGUCGCUGCGCUCUGCGGCCCCAACGGCGUCUUGAACCUACCCCGUUUCCAGCAUCUGCGCUGGGCACCGCUGGAUCAGCUUGUACCAGCUCGGCUCUUGGAUCUCGAGCGCGUGCACUCGCGGGAGUACUUGCACCACCUUCAAUUGACGUGCGCGCUGCUGCCACCCCAAGACGCUGGUCUCUCGAUCCAGAACGAGUUUGAGGGGCAUCGAUCGUACAAGCAGUGGAUUCAAACGCACAAGGCAGGUAUCUGCCACGCAGACACGAUCUGCGACGCCGCCACCGAUUUGGACCCGGACAUGCCAAUCUCCAGAGAAAGCUUCAUGACCGCGCGGUAUGCCGUCGGCGCUGUCUUGCAUGCCGUGGACGAGGUUGUGUGCGGACGAAGCCGAAACGCAUUUGUCGUGGUGCGCCCGCCGGGGCACCAUGCUGGGCCCUAUGGCUGCGUCGAGAACGACGCCUUCCACAAGUCUCCUGGUGGAUGCUCGUGUGGUUUUUGCCUCCUCAACAACGUGGCGAUCGGGGCAGCAUACGCGAUGGCGACGUACGGCCCGUCAUACUACUCGAAAGCCACCACCAGUCAUGCCACCGUGCACCGCGUUGCGAUUAUCGACUUUGACGUCCAUCACGGCAACGGGACGGAAGAGAUCGUUCGGAACCUGCGGUCGCACGACCAUCGCUACCCGCUGCCACCUAGCUGGGCACCGAAAACGUUUCGAUCCUUCAUGCCGUGGCGCGACGAUGAUGAUGUUGGAACGGCGUUCUACCCAGGAUCCGGACGUGGGCCGCAUGGCAGGAACGAGCUCGCAUCGUGCAACACCAUCGUCAACAUUCCGCUGACGAAUCUCGGCGCGGGCGGCAAGCGAGGCACCGAGCGCACGCGGCGAGAGCUCACGGAGCGCGCAUCGAGCGAAUUUCAAUCCAAGGCGACCGAGAUCCUCUUGCCGGCGCUGCGCGCGUUUGCACCCGACUUGAUUUUGAUCUCAUCGGGUUUUGACGGACAUGUCGACGAUUACUACCACUGCCUCACGGAAUGGGACUACGAGUGGAUCACGCAGCGCCUCGUUGAGAUCGCUGACAACUGCUGCGACGGUCGCAUCGUUUCGGUGCUGGAAGGCGGCUACAGCUUGGAGCCACCGAGCAAGGGCAGCUCAUCAAACCUCGCCCACCGCCAUGGUCGUGACGUGGAUCCGGAUCUGAUCAAAUUUGGUGCCAUGGCGCGAUCUUGCGCGGCCCAUGUCACAGCGCUGUCCCGCGACUGACGAAGGUUCGUCGAGGAUGCGCGUAGCCCGG